CUCGCCAUCAAUAUUACAACGUCUGCCGGUGUCAGAUUAAAACAAAUCUUUGAGUGUUUCUUUUUUUUUUGCAUAUAUGGUCGACUCUCACUCAUAGCAGCCUUGAACCCUGAACCCUGAAGUCAUUUAGUGGUCCCGCUGGCCAUACAGGAAAAGGCGCCACCCGUCUUGUCCCCACCAGUCAAAUCUCUCCGCUGUCUUUAAUUACACCCGGAAAACGCCGUAGAACGCUUUGAAACACCGAAGAAAACACCGAACUAAACGCCGGUCAUCCCCAAAACACGUGCGGGCCGCUAGUCUGACGCUGGCCGCACCAGCAAACUGUCAACAAGCUGACUGCUUACUCUCGAAUCUUUCCUCAAUCUACCCUCAUCAGUCCAGGGACAUCUAUUCCUUUUCCAUCCCUACUUCUUCGUGUCAUCAGCACCGCAAUGGCUGUGACUUCCGCUGCUCAGAGUAAGGCUGAGGGCCUGGGCCUUUAUGCACGGUUCGCCUUUGCCGGUGCCGUCUGCUGCUCGGUGACUCACGGUGCCUUCACUCCCGUUGAUGUUGUCAAGACCAGGAUCCAGCUCGACCCCGCGACCUACAACCGUGGUAUGAUUGGUGGUUUCCGGCAGGUGAUCCAGAAUGAGGGCGCGGGUGCGCUCUUGACCGGGUUCGGCCCAACAUUUGCCGGAUACUUCAUGCAGGGCGCCUUCAAGUUCGGUGGUUACGAGUUCUUCAAGCAACAAUCCAUUAACACCAUCGGUCUGGAAAAGGCCCGUCAGAACCGGAUCGCGGUUUAUUCGGUCUCCGCCGCCUGUGCGGAGUUCUUUGCCUCGAUCGCCCUCUGCCCGCUGGAGGCUACACGUAUUCGUCUCGUCUCGGAGGCGGGCUUCGCCAGUGGUCUGGUCAGCGGGUUUGGCAAGAUUCUCAAGAACGAGGGCAUUGGUGCUUUCUACCGUGGUUUUGGUCCGAUUCUUCUGAAACAGGUGCCCUACACCGUGACGAAAUUCGUGGCGUUCGAGAAGGUUUCCGAGGCUGUGUUCGCUCGCCUGGACAAGUCCAAGCUGUCGAGUGGCGCCCAGACCGGUGUGAACUUGGGAUCGGGCCUCAUGGCCGGUUUCGCGGCGGCCAUUAUCUCUCAGCCCGCUGACACCAUGCUGUCGAAGAUCAACAAGACCAAGGGUCUCCCCGGGGAGAGCACCAUCUCCCGUCUCGUCAAGAUUGCGGGCGAGCUUGGCAUUCGUGGUUCCUUCGCUGGCCUGCCCACUCGUCUGUUCAUGAUCGGUGGUCUGACUGCUGGGCAAUUUGCCAUCUACGGUGACAUUAAGAAGGCUCUUGGUGCCACGAAUGGGGUGGAGAUCGCCAAGUAAAUACCUAUUGUAACUAUGUUUAGCAUGUUCUAGACGGGAGGGUCAAUGGUUUUCGGAUAGAGAUAGAUGUAACCAGACCUAUGUAUUCACCGCACUAUCCUUUUCCGUCCCCAGAAUAGAUCAUGUGUUAUAGCUUUGGCGAUUAUAGACAGACAAGCGCAUUGAGGGGUAUAACUAGAGACCGGGGAAUUCUGUUGCAGCACAGUAUACUAUACUCGACCACAAUCACGACGAGGAAACCUCUACUGUAAGCCCCC